UAGUCGUUGCUCUGUCGUUUUUGCCAUCACAUUUAUGUGCUGUGAUAAUUAGCAAGUUCGUAUCUUAAAUCUUUCGUUCAACAGAUAUUGACGAUUUUUUUUUUUGUUUACAUACUUCACGUUUGGGAAAACCCGAAAAUAUGAAAUAUUUUGUUGGAUACGCAAUUGUCGUGGUGGUGGCGGCAGUAUUUGCCACCGCAUCAGCUGAAGGUGAUGCUGGUUUCUUUAUUCCAAAAGCUUUCUACACACUCGAUGCAGAAGGCCAUAAAACACAACCUCAUCCUGUGAGCCCACAUACUGCUCAAUAUCUACGCCGCUUGCGUCGACAAGUUUACAGUUCAUCAUCAUCGUCGUCUUCAUCGUCCUCGUCCAGUAACGGUGGUCCGGUGUAUUUUAGCACUCAAAAUACAGUAUCACAUUCACCAGCUGGCACAGUAAGCUUUGCUAGCCGCUUUGGAGAUGAUGGCUCUUCAAGCUCCACCUCGGCCCACAGCUCAUCGGGUGUAAGUGUAGGCGGUUCACCCGUUGUUGGAACUUCUAUCGGUGUAGGUAGUGGUUAUGGAAGCGGUUAUGGUAACGGUUAUGGUAACGACUAUGAUGACGGCCAUUACUAUGGCAACAAUAAUGUUGGUCACGGUGUUAGCGCAAAUAGUGGACAUGCAAGUGUCAGUAACACACCGGUACAAUUCGCUAAUAGAUUUGGAGGCUCAUCAGCCUCAUCCGUUUCAUCGGUAUCUUCCAAUGGAGGUCCAGUGUAUUUCAAGACUGAACAAUCUGUGUCUCACCCAGCUUCUGGUGUCAACUUUGCUAGCCGAUUCGGCGAUGACUCAUCAUCAGGAACUGUUAGCAAAACAGUUUCAACCAGCGGCUAUAUUGAUGAGAAAGGUGUAGUGCACGCUAAGACUACCACCACUAAACAUUAAGCUAAUUGUUUUGAAUUUAUAUUUGAGAAUUCGAUGAAUAAAUUAAAUUUUUACACACUUACACACUUACACAA